UGUAGAGAGAAAUAAUUGAGUUGAAUUAAUUUAGUGAAUGAAUCGGAAGGGAGUGGAUGCUGGUGGGUUCCCAAAAUCACUGAUCUCUCUCCUCUCCUGUCUUCUCUCUCUUGCUUGCUGGCUUUCGUUCUUUCCUCACUUCCGAUCCGCCCAGCUCUUCGAUCCCACUCUGUUCCUCUCUGCUUGCAGACCCUCCUACACAAGGUCUGCGUCAUGCUAGCAUCCCAUUAAUUCAAAAAGCGUGAGAGUGCGACAAUAGAAACCAUGGGGACUGAAAAUCCUGCUCACCAGAAUUUUCCUACUAGACCUGCCGGCACACCUUUUACUGCCACUCAGACCGCGUCACCCUUUUCAUCCUCUGGUCCUGUAGUUGGAUCAGACACCACUCGUUUUAGACCUGCCGCUCCUGUUAUGCCCCCAAACACAAUGCCUUUUCCUCCAUCCUCUGGUCCUGCAGUUGGAUCAGGGGUCCCUGGGUUUAGACCUAUGCAACCAGGUAGGUUUUCUGAUCCAUCUGUUCCACCACCACCAACAUCAAGCGUCCCGGCUGCUGCUGGGUCUUUCCAGCGUUUCCCAGCUCCACAGUUUACUUCACCAUCUCAACCACCUCCUCCACGAAUUCCACCAAUGGGGCAACCCCCUGGAGCUUAUGUACCACCCCCUUCAGUUUCCUUUCACCAACAAAGUCAGGUUCCUUCAGUGCCGAUGGGAUCACCUCCUCAAGGCUUAGGUCCUCCUCCCACAAAUGUUCCACAGCCUAUGUCAGAUCCAUCUUUUCCAUCAGCCAGGCCUAAUUUUCAGUCCUCUUUGCCUGGUUAUGUCCAUAAGCAACCUAAUGCAGAUUUACAUUCCCAACAAAUGCAACCUCCUCCUUUUGUUAGUCACCAAGGGCCGUAUGUUCCUCCUGCAGCACCAGCUUCCCCUUUCCUUAGUCACCAAGGAGGUUAUGUCCCGCCUCCUCCUGCUGCAGCCUCACAAGGUUUACUGACUACAGACCAAAAGCACCAUCCAGGAGCUGGACCUCCUCUUGGUUCGAUUCAAGGAUUGGCUGAAGAUUUCAACUCACUUUCUAUUGGAUCUGUUCCAGGAUCAAUUGAUGCAGGAAUUGAUCCAAAAGCACUUCCAAGGCCAUUGAAUGGUGAUGAAGAGCCUAAAAUGUUCUCCGAGACGUACGCCAUGAACUGCGAUAAAAGAUAUUUACGUUUUACAACCAGUGCUAUACCCAGUUCUCAGUCACUGGUCUCAAGGUGGCAUUUACCUCUCGGAGCAAUUGUUUGUCCACUUGCAGAAGCUCCUAGUGGGGAAGAAGUGCCAGUUAUCAAUUUCGCUUCAACUGGCGUCAUCCGCUGUAGGAGGUGUCGCACUUAUAUAAAUCCAUAUGCCACAUUCACAGAUGCUGGAAGAAAGUGGCGCUGCAACAUUUGUUCAUUGCUGAAUGAUGUUCCAGGAGAUUAUUUUGCUCAUUUGGAUGCCACUGGCCAGAGAAUUGAUUUGGAUCAGCGACCUGAGCUCACUAAGGGUAGUGUGGAUUUUGUUGCUCCAACCGAGUAUAUGGUUCGGCCACCUAUGCCUCCACUAUACUUUUUCCUCAUCGAUGUUUCUAUAGCUGCAGUUAGAAGUGGGAUGCUAGAGGUUGUGGCACAAACAAUUAGGUCAUGCUUGGAUGAGCUGCCUGGUUCUACUAGAACACAAAUAGGUUUUGCGACUUUUGACAGCACGAUACAUUUUUAUAAUAUGAAGUCGACUUUGACUCAACCACAAAUGAUGGUGGUUUCCGAUCUGGAUGACAUAUUUGUACCUUUGCCGGAUGAUCUCCUUGUCAACUUAUCUGAAUCAAGAACUGUGGUGGAAUCAUUCCUAGAUAGCUUGCCAUCCAUGUUUCAGGAGAACGUGAAUGUUGAAUCUGCCUUCGGCCCAGCCCUUAAAGCAGCAUUUAUGGUUAUGAGCCAACUUGGGGGGAAGUUGUUAAUUUUUCAAAACACACUGCCAUCUCUUGGUGUUGGCCGCUUGAAGUUGCGUGGGGAUGAUCUCCGUGUUUACGGAACAGACAAAGAACAUUUGCUAAGACUGCCCGAGGAUCCAUUCUACAAACAAAUGGCUGCUGAAUUUACCAAGUUCCAAAUUGGGGUCAAUGUCUAUGCAUUUAGUGACAAAUAUACAGAUAUUGCUUCCUUGGGGACUUUGGCAAAAUAUACUGGAGGCCAGGUGUAUUAUUAUCCAGGCUUCCAAUCUUCCAAUCAUGGGGAAAAGUUGAGACAUGAGUUAGCAAGGGACUUGACCAGAGAAACUGCCUGGGAAGCUGUAAUGCGUAUAAGAUGCGGAAAGGGGAUCCGCUUUACAUCGUUUCACGGGAAUUUUAUGUUAAGAAGCACCGAUUUAUUGGCACUUCCAGCUGUAGAUUGUGAUAAAGCAUUUGCAAUGCAAAUUUCUUAUGAAGAGACCUUACUUACAACUCAGACAGUGUACUUCCAAGUUGCCUUGCUAUAUACUGCAUCUUGUGGAGAGAGACGUAUUAGAGUGCACACAGCAGCAGCACCCGUCGUUACAGAUUUGGGUGAGAUGUACCGCCAGGCUGAUGUUGGUGCCAUUGUCUCCUUGUUUAGUAGGCUAGCAAUUGAGAAAACAUUGUCCCAUAAGCUGGAGGAUGCUCGCACUUCAGUUCAACAAAGAAUCGUUAAAGCCUUCAGAGAGUAUCGUAACCUCUAUGCUGUACAUCAUCGCUUGGGAGGCAGAAUGAUAUAUCCCGAGUCUCUUAAGUUCCUGCCUUUAUAUGGGUUAGCAUUGUGCAAAUCAGUACCUCUUCGAGGGGGUUUUGCUGAUGCUGUGCUUGAUGAGCGAUGUGCAUUAGGCCUUUCAAUGAUGAUUCUUCCUGUUAAAAACCUAUUGAAACUUUUAUAUCCUUCACUAAUUCGACUUGAUGAGUAUCUAUUGAAGGCAUCUCCCUCUCAGACUAUUGACCUUAAUAGCAUAGAGAAAAGGUUGCCACUGACUGCUGAUAGCUUAGAUUCCAGAGGCCUGUACUUGUAUGACGACGGCUUUCGCUUUAUUGUUUGGUUUGGUAGAGUGCUUUCGCCGGAUGUGUCUAUGAAUUUACUUGGGGCAGACUUUGCAGCAGAACUAUCAAAGGGCUCUCAUUUCUUCCAUGACACCUGCUUUCUACUUCGGACACUCUAAGACAAGGUGAAUACUCUUGGGUAUUGUGAUAGAGUCAAGACUGGCAGUAAAAGUUCUGAAUUGUGGUGAGAGAUUCUCGUAUGGUACAUAAUUAGAGAUGGAGUGCUUUGUACAGAACCUUGUACCUUAGAUCAAGAGUUGGAUCAUACUUAUUGGUAUUUCCUGAAUGGUCUGACGUAUUUUCGUUUUAGUAUGUUCAGCAACCUCAUUCUCAUCAAUCCUGUCCUCUCUAUCUAUAAUGAUCCCAUCAAUAUUGCCCUGCUCACCUAUAUCUUCAGGAACAACUGUCUCGGAGUCUCAGACCCGUCAUUCUCACCUACCUCUUACUGUCGUUAUGGGAGAUAGUUGAAUUCAUUUCGGACCCAUUACACUCGAUAUAGGUUAUUUAUAUUUGUCAUAAUUUUUGUUGCAUAAUAUGUUGAAAAUACAUACAGGGUCUAAACAGGUUACACAUUGAAAACUAACAAUUUUUUUUUUCUAUAGGUUUCUAUAUAUCCCAGUGAUCUUAUUGGUUAAGUUGUAUUGUCUUUGAACUGCAAUUUAGAUGUCAACUCUUAGUUAAAAAAAAAAAAGAGGUUACCAACAUGGCUCGAGAAAUUGUGCUGCUCCACCAUAUCAGACUUGUGAUACUGAGCUUUUGGCAUCUGUGUUUUUCAGACGAAGAAAGAUUACUUAGCACUUUAUGCUUUCUCUCUCUCUAAAAUGUUCGCCUUUCUCUUUUUUAGAUUCCACAUGGAACCUUGGUCAAUUGCUUAUUUUGUGUAUGAUUGAACUGAUUAUAUCUACGGUCU